CUCGCAGCACUUUGCGGCCGAAACCGUUCUUCUGUCCACCAAGAAUCUUGGAAGCAUGUCCCUCAUUGAGCUGUGGUUUUCUUUGCAGCAAUGGUCACUUCGUCCGUCGUGGCAGCUUUGGCCGUAGCGCCUAUUUUGCCGCCGACCUUACUAUUGCUCGCCCAAUUGUCACUCCGCUGCCUGGGCUGGUUUCUGCAGGCCGUGUCCAAGGACAGAAGGGCUGCUAUCAUCUCUCGAGUACAGCAUGAUAGAGAAGCCGCACUGGGACUCCAACAACAUCUCCAGCAAGAAGCUGAAGAUGGGUGGGAGAACAUUGAACAAGCGGGUAUGGCUGAGAAUGGCAAGCCCUCGCAAGAUGAAUGGGAAGGCAUAGUAGGAUUUUUCCACCCCUUUUGCAAUGCUGGAGGUGGCGGUGAGAGGGUGCUCUGGGCUGCCAUUGCUGCGACUCAGAAACGUUGGCCUAACGCCAUCUGCACUGUCUACACUGGCGACCAUGAUAUUGACCGGAGCGUCGUGGUAAACACAGUCAAGACUCGAUUUGGCAUCACCCUGCAAGAGCACUCUCUAGUUUUUUUAUAUUUGUCAAGACGUCGAUACGUCCUUGCGAGCACCUGGCCUCAAUUCACGUUACUUGGACAGUCUCUAGGAUCUCUAAUCCUUGCAUAUGAUGCAUUCCAGCUCCUUGUGCCCGAUAUCUUCAUCGACACGAUGGGGUACGCCUUUGCAGUGGCACUCUGCAAGUUCCUGUUCCCGAAAAUCCCAACAGCAGCGUACGUGCACUACCCGACGAUCUCUACCGACAUGCUGGAGAGUCUGGACGAUACGACUGGUACGCGAGGCAUACACUCCGGUGCUGGCGCGGGAUGGAGAGGCAAGGCUAAGCGAGCCUACUGGCAUGUCUUUGCAUGGCUUUACGGAUGGGUUGGUCGGCAAAUCGACGUGGUUAUGUGCAACUCAACCUGGACUCAGGGUCAUAUCAAAAAGCUUUGGGGCUCGAAACGUGCAUCCCCUUCGUUUGCAGCCAUCGUCUAUCCUCCUUGCCCGGUCGAGGAGUUGGAAUCGAAGAUUGAGGUGACUUGGAAAAGUGAGAGGCAAAGGGAGGACAUCGUCCUAUACAUUGCACAGUUUCGACCGGAGAAGAACCAUUCUCUCAUCCUGCGAGCUUUCGCGAAGUUUUAUCAUUCAGCCAAACACAAACCUAGAUUAGUCCUGAUCGGCUCGGUACGCAGCAACACCCCAGACGAGAAGCACAUAUACAAUCUACGACUCGAGGCGCGAGAGCUGAAGAUCAAGGACUCUACAACGUUCAUCUGCGAUGCACCUUUCUCGGUGAUUCUCGAAUAUCUUCAAAAGUCCAGCAUCACCACGAAUGGCAUGUAUUCAGAGCAUUUUGGCAUCGGAAAUGUCGAAGGACUUGCGGCAGGCCUCAUCCCUGUUGUCCACAACAGUGGUGGUCCAAAGCUGGACAUCGUAGUUCCCUACGAGGGCAAGCCCAUCGGCUUUCAUGCUGAGACUGACGAAGACUUUGCGGCGGCUUUCGCGCGUGUGGCCUCUCUUGAGCCUCAAGAGCGGUUCGCCAUGAGGGUCAGAGGUCGAGCAAGCACGAAGCGAUUCACGGAGGCGGUCUUUGCCAGAAAGUGGGUUGAGGAAAUGGAGACGCUUGUGAGAAUGAGUCUGACCAAGGGCUAGCAGGUCUGGCCUUGGUGGAGGAUUGUUGAGCAUGGCUGUUAUGACUUAGAAAGAUGAUACCCUUUGUUUUGGACAUUGUCAUUUUGUUCCGAUGUUGCCCUGAACCCCGUGUGGAAGACGGGUCGUUCCAGCCUGAAUUGCGCCUACACUGCGUAGAGCUUUGAUUGGAUCGUCUAACAUCUUUGGGUUCUUACAGGUCCUUUUGGAUGAAGCAAAAUGAAAGCCCG